CACAGGCAGACAACAAAGAAACAGGGUUGAGAUAAGAAAGAUGACAGCUAAUAGAACUAAUUAAAAAAAAAACCAGCUGUCUUGUGUCUAUUAAACUACGCACACAGUACUUUUAGUGCUGGAGAAUGUGGCACUCAGCUGGAAAUAUAGACAACAGAUUUUUUUUAAAUGGUCUUUUACAUCAAAGUGUGAAAUAUAUUUGUGUUGUUUGAUUUGCAUAUGGAGUGGCUAAUGAGUACACUUGUCCUGCUGCGAGUAGAGAGUUUAUUGGCUUAGGUCGACAUGGAGAGAAACAAAGCUUUUCCUAGGCGUGGCACAGCUUACUCGGAAGGCCAUCGUCCCUCUGUCACAUGGAGUCAUCGUGGCAGUAUUGGUCAUGAUGGACAGAAGAGUUCAGAGGACGGCAUCAAAAAGUCGGAGAAUCAACAUCUUGUUGGUCAAGAAAUUGGAUUACUCUAUGGAGGCUCAUUAGUCAUCAAUGCCAUAAUUGGUCCAGGAAUCUUCGGUACACCCAAAGCUGUUCUAGCUGGUGUCGGAUCAGUUGGUAUGUGUUUGGUCAUGUGGACCUUCGCAGGAGUCUUCAGCAUGUGUGCUGCUUUAUGUUUUGCUGAGUUAAGAGAAUCAGUGAGAAGAGAAGGUGUAGAGUAUGCAUAUAUUACAGAAGCCUUUGGGCCGUUGGCUGGGUUUGUGUAUUCAUGGAUGAGAAUAGCUGCUGCCGAGCCGUGUUCUACAGCUGUCUUUGCUCUUGCAUUCACUGACUAUGUCGCCGACGCUGUAUUCGAUCAAUGUGGGCCACCAAGACUCUUUGUUAUCAUAGUGGCCUCCAUGGCAGUGUUGUCCAUGGCGUUGGUGAAUGUAAUGUCUACAAAGUUAUCAGAGAAACUACAGAUGCUGGCUACAGUUGGGAAACUCUCAGCUCUCUCUGUUGUAGUUGUUAUGGGGAUCAAGAGAUUAACGGAAGGUCAUGUUCAGGUCAUUAACGAGGGCAUGGCAGGCAGCAAAUGGUCACCAACAGAUUUAGCUUUUGCUUGCUAUAAUGGACUAUGGGCAUAUGGCGGCUGGUCCAACGUAAACCAAGUGACAAGUGGCAUCAAGAAACCACCAAGAAAUGUGCCAAGAAUAGUGAAGACAGUUCUGCCUCUUGUGCUAGUCAUUUACCUACUGACUGUCAUCUCUUUCUUCACUGUCAUGACCAAAGACGAUUUGUUACACUCUCAAGCCAUUGGAGUGACUUGGGCGCAGACAGCACUUGGUCCGGCCAGUUCAAUUAUAUCCAUCGGAGUUGGUUUGAUUGCACUUGGAAGUGUCAAUGCCACGUUUUUGUCAUCUGGCAGAUUGUCUGGUGUGGCAGCUAAGAAUGGUCAAAUGCCAGAUGUUGUAUCAUGGGUUCAUGUCAGAAGUAAGACACCAUUGAUAACAGUUGCCCUCAGGUGUGUGAUAGCUAUUGUGGUCAUGUGUGUUGCUGACGGCCAGGAACUGCUAAGGUUUUAUAUUUUCACUGUGUGGCUCUUUCAUGGCUCAUCCAUUUUGGCUCUGCUGGUUUUACGGUUUAAGAAAAAGAACAAGAAAAGACCCUAUAAGGUUGACUUAUGGAUUCCAGUUGUAGUUGUUAUUGGCAUAGCCUUUCUACUUCUGGCACCAUUCCUCAUAACUCCAAAGAAAGAAUUCAUUACAGCCUUAGUUCUGAUUGGCUUAUCAUUAAUUAGUUAUUACCCAAUGAAUUGGCUCAAGUCGAAGAAAGUCAUCAAUGUGCCAGAUACAAUAACUAUUUGGUUGCAGCUCUUUCUAAGAAUAGCACCAAAACGAGAUCUCCGAAGAGAACGACGCUCGCUUCUCAGGACAAUGAAUAUGUUGACACGAGACAGUAUCAUCAUAACACCAAACAUCGGCCCAACCGAGGAAAUGAUGAGAAGAUUUUCCAGACGCAUGUCUCACAUUUCACGAGUGGACGGGUCUCCGGCGGUCAUCAGGCGACUAGCAGACGAGACAGCACAGAUGGGUCUGCGCAGACGACUUCCUCGGGCUGGCUCCUUUGCUGAGAUGGAUUUCCGAGCCAAAAAACGUGCGAGUAUUGCUGCAUUGAUCCGUGAGAGUACAUCAUCUCCAGCUAUCAUCAGAAAGAAAGGAAGUCUUGGUAGCAAUUCAUUCAGUAAUGCUGACAUCGGCAGAUGAAAUCAAUACCUUCAUUACCUAUAUUGAAAAAUCGCUACAAUACAACACCAGAAGCAACAGAAGAGACCAAACCAGGCUCUUUGGCACCUGUAGGUUCCAUGAUCUCACUGGGCAACGCCCACCAAGGUCUUCGUACACAUCCAAGCACCAUACCAGAAGAGGAGGCCAAUGCCAGUGCCUCGUCUGCUCAAGAAACUCAUGUCAAGGACGACCUUGAGGUCAUAGCUGAUUUUGAAAGUGACGGUGGUGGGGAGUAUGAGGUGCUAGCACACCCUGAGGAUGUUCAGAGGAUCACCUUCACUGCUGGGCCGCAUUUGGAUGACGACUCUGGAAGUUCCUCGGAUUCGGACAGCUCUAGCACUUCUGGUCACACCAAGAACUCAGUGUUUAACACAAUAUUUGCGUCAUCAAGCAGCUCUUCAUCGUCAUCCUCUAUUUCCGGUGAAGAAGAUCUAUCUGACUUGGAUGUAAUGGACACACAUUAUUGCACAGAUCAGGACAUUGGUCACGGGACGAGCGGACAGCUGCCAGCUAAUGGACAUGUAUCAACCAGUGGUCAGGUCCUAAAUGUGAAUGGAGAAAAUGAGACGGAGAAGAAUGAAAUAAGUAAUGCACAGUCUGAUGUGUAGUAGGAAUGUUGUGGUGUUUGUUAUACAAAAUAUACCCAUGAAAAAAGGUCCUGCAUCAAAGCGUGUUUCAACACUCAAUAGUUUGUUGUGCCUGUGAUCUGAGAUACUUCUUCCUGUGCAUCCUCUUUUUUAUGUGAACCAUUUGUAUGUAGGCCUACAUAUCUUUGAAUAGAUGAACUGUUGAAGGUGUUUUAACGUUCUAUGAUGCAUCAUUCAGUAAACUGUACUUUCUAAAAGAAAAAUAUUUCGCUUAUUGGUAAUACAGUAACCCAGAAUUGGCUCACGUGUCCUGCUUUUUUACACAUAUUUUUAAUCAUGAAUUUGUUUGUACUACUGGCCAUAAGUUUUAAUAGUAACCAUGAAGAAUGUCAAGAUGUCUUAUAAUUUAUUAAGCGUUUUUUUUUCAACACUAGAAAGAAAUUGUAUUUGUGUUCUAAUGAAAUAGAGGAUUUGAUUUGUGUUGUGGCUAAUCUGUCACUUCUGCUAUUUUCAACCUAAAUGUAGUACUUGAUACAAAGGAAAAAGGGAAUUCCUUUAAACUAAGCAUAAUAGAAUUUUCUAAAGUAACAUACGGUAUACACAUUUCAUGUAUUGAUGUGCUUUUUAAUGCCAGAUUAAAUUGACUCAUCAUU